AUGGAUCCUGGCAAGCUUUUUAUUGGGGGUAUUUCGUGGGACACAGAUGAAGAUCGACUUAAACAGUAUUUUCAAACCUAUGGAGAAGUGGUGGAGGUGAUGAUCAUGAGGGAUCGGAACACUGGCCGUGCUCGUGGCUUCGGUUUCGUCGUGUUUUCUGACCCUGUUGUUGCAGCUAGAGUUGUAUUGGAGAAGCAUGUUAUUGAUGGAAGAACUGUUGAAGCAAAGAAGGCUGUUCCUCGAGACGAUCAGAACAUUUUGAGCAGGAACAAUACCGGUAUCCUUGGGUCACCUGGCCCGACUCGCACAAAGAAGAUAUUUGUAGGGGGUUUGGCAUCAACGGUUACGGAGAGUGACUUCAAAAAAUAUUUUGAUCAGUUUGGAACGAUCACAGAUGCCGUGGUGAUGUAUGAUCACAAUACUCAGAGACCGAGAGGCUUUGGAUUUAUCACGUACGAGUCGGAGGAAUCGGUGGAGAAAGUGUUAUACAAAACAUUUCAUGAACUCAAUGGUAAAAUGGUUGAGGUUAAGAGAGCUGUUCCAAAAGAAUUAUCACCAGUGCCAAAUCGAAAUCAAUUAGGUGCAUACCCUUACAGUUUUGGUAGAGUUGGUAGCUAUUUAAGUGGUUAUAAUCAAGGAUAUAACACAACCUCAGUUGGGGGAUAUGGACUGAGAUCUGAUGGUAGGUUUAGUCCUGUUACGGUCGGUCGGGGUGGGCUGUCUCCAAUUAGUCCUGGUUAUGGAAUAGGUCUAAAUCUCGACGCAGGGUUGAACCUGAACUAUGGGACCGGUCCCAAUGGCAGUUCUAACCUCAUUUACGGACGGGUAAUGAGUUCUUCCUAUGGUGGAAAUUUAAAUAGGUAUGGUAGUCCAAGCCCCAUGGUAUAUGGCGGAGGCAGUGGAGGUAAUGGUUCUAUUUUAAGCUCGUCGGUUCAGAAUCUGUGGGGAAAUGUCGGUAACUCGGCUGGUACGAAUGCCUCGCACCUGAGGACGUUUCCUGGCUCUGGUGGUGUGCAUACGGGAACGAGUUCAUUGAACGGUAUUGGAGGGCUUUGGGGUGUAGGUCAUGGCGAAAACGCAGGUUCUUCUCCAUUCAAUGGUGCUGGUAAUGUCGAGUUUGGAAACGGAGGAAGCGUUGUAGGUUAUGGUAGAAGCAUUAGAAGCAAUGUUUCUUCAGCUUCUUUGUACUCUGCACCAAAUAUUUAUGAUGAAGUUCAUGGGAAUAAUGAAGAAGGAAACUCAUUUUAUGGGCAUUCAAGUUGGCAGUCAUUGCCCACAGAGCUUGAGGAUUCUUCCUCAAUUGGGUUUGGGCUUGGCAAUGCUGCUUCAGAUGUUAUUAGUAGAAACAAUGCUUCUGGUUAUACUGUUGGAUAUGGUGUUUCUAAUACACAGUCGAAUAGAGGAAUUGCUGCUNCGAGGGCUUGGGAGUUAGCAAACUCUCUAUAA